UUGUAGAUACAUUGUCCUCGAGAGGGUCAUUCACGGGCGUAUAGCUUGCAUCCGUUCGUUUGUCGCCUGCUGGAGAGUACCGCGUGGACUUUUUGAAGAAGCAUGGCAUCCUCGCCGCUCGUGAGCAUCGUGGAUCCGAAGGAGCAGAGCUUCGACUUGAAGAGAAACUUUGGCGAGUACAUACUGCGACAUCUGCGCACCCAUACCAACUCAAAAUGGAUCAACGGCACAACCCACGAAGCGGUGAACUACGGCGACGUCGCUGAGCAGGUGGAGGCUGUGCGGACGGCUCUCAGUCGACUGGGGGUCAAGGCUGGAGACAAGAUCCUGAUGCUCAGCGUCAGCCGAUUACAGCUGCUGCCAAUGUUCCUGGGCGCAGCUAGCGCCAAUGUUGCGUCUAUGUACACGAGCCCAGGCUACGGACUCGAUGUCCUCGCCGAUGCGGUGCGACCCCUGUCCUUUGCCGCCCUCUGCUGUGAACCAUGUUGGGUGCAGGAUGCCGUCAAGCUACAGCGUAUGGUGCCUUCUCUUAAGAAUAUCAUAGUGCUUGACGAGGUGUCAGACAAACGGGAAGGCACGUUGACUGCGUAAUCACCUGGAGUGAGCUGCUGCAGAAGGGACGCAGAGCGAACGGAACGCCUUGUCUUCCGAUCGAGUACCGGGAACAGGAUAUCUGCUACAUGACGUCAACGAGUGGUACGACCGGCAAGCCAAAAGUGGUCGUGCACUCUCACGAAUCUCUACUAGCCACCGUCCAGGCAAACAGCCAUCCUGCUCACAUGAAGCUGAACACAGAUGACGUGGCGCUCGCCACCACUUCCCUGGGCCACGUGUACGCGCUAUUCGACGUCGUCUGCAAAGCCAUUGUCCAGGGAGCGUCGGCUGCCUUUGUUGAGACCUCUGACGAUGUGCUCGAGGCGCUGCACACGCACAAGGUCACCGCCUUGAGCACGACACCUCACACAGCACGGUGCAUACUGGACAAUGAGAAGCGGAAAAAUUAUGACCUCAGCUGCUUGAAGUACGUCACGAGCGCGACCUCUUGCAUCAACGAGGACUUGGCCAGGGCGUUCUUCCAGGAACUAAACCUCCAUUCGUUUAUUCAGCUGUACGGCCAGUCGGAAAUUCCGUUCGUCGCGGCGGGCCUUUACGGCGCACCAUGCCGUUUCAAGUCGAUUGGCCGCUUGGGCUAUGGGCGUCGAAGCAAUGGUGAGAGAUGUCGAGACGGGCAAGCCUCUAGGACCGUGCGAACAAGGCGAGCUUGUUGUUCGAGGUCCAGAUCUGAUGCUAGGGUACUGGGGUAGGCUGCACGAGCCCGCCACCGACAGCCAAGGCUGGUACAGCACAGAAAACGCACCGAAGACAUUCCGCUUGGAAGGCUGGCGUCACGUUCGUCGACGAGAUUCCACGCAACGCGCUGGGAAAGCUCGUCAGGCGUGAGCUCGUACAGUGGGUGCUCAAACAACACGGGCGAGCAGGCUGAAAGUGACUGCGCCGGGGCGGACUCAAAGUGACAUAUAAAGUGGCCUCUAUGCUCGUGAACUUGUGUCGGCCUGAACAAAAGUGGGCAAAGAAAUGUUCAGAGAGUGGUUUUGCGGAUAGUUCUAGAAAAUACGCGGUAGUGCUACGGCGCUGCGCAACUUCCUUCAGUGUUGGCACUAUAGUUAUCAAGUAGUUAUUAGAAAAAUGCUCACGUGCUCGCAUCCGGGCCCAAUGUUGAGGUCCUGCGGCCCGAGCGGCUCCAUGCCGACCAACGACCAGCACCUGUGUCGUGUAAGGGAGAGUAUUCGUUGAUUAUUUAAAAAAAUAUUUUACAAUGA